AUGAACCCGUCCAACCUACAGCAGGAGAUGGAUGCUCUCAACACUCGCGGAGCAGAGCUCAAGAAGAUGAUCGAUGACACGCAUCCCGUCGCCCGCAUCGCAGAAGAGAAAGCGAAGAAGUUUGCGAGCGACUAUAAAGGGGUUCAAGCAGAGGAGGCUGAGAAGAUAGCGGAGGCGAGUGCUAAAACUGAAGAAAAGGUGAGGAAGAUGACUGCAAAACUCAAGGCGGCCAAGGAAGAAGCCCAGCUGACGAGUCUAAAGCGAGAAUGGCUCGUCAAGCGGGAGAAGGCGUUCGGUGACAUGGAUCGUGCGCGCAAGGAGAAUGUGGAUAUAUCAAGCAAGCUGAUAGAGCUCGAGCGUCAGUACCUGAACACCCAGCGCCACUACCAAGAGCUACGCGAUCAACUCCAGACGGUCAACGGUGUUGCUGACAUCAAGCUGGAGUAG